CGCGCAGCAGGAGGGGAAACUGAGGCGCGGCGCGUCCGGGGCGGGGCCGGCCCGCGCCCAGAGCGAGCCCCCGCCCCUGGCCGGCCCCGCCCCGGGCCGUAAGAGGCCCCUUGGGCGCGGGGUGAAGGCUCACUGCGCGGCGCCAGACGGUGGCCAGAGCCGGCAUGGCAGCUCAGCGGCUGGGCAAGCGGGUCCUGAGCAAGCUGCAGGCUCCGUCGCGGGCCCGCGGGCCGGGGGGCAGCCCCGGGGGCCUGCAGAAACGGCACGCGCGGGUCACCGUCAAGUAUGAUCGGCGGGAGCUGCAGCGGCGUCUGGACGUGGAGAAGUGGAUCGACGAGAGCCUGGAGGAGCUGUACCGUGGCAGGGAGGCAGCCAUGCCUGACGAGAUCAACAUCGAUGAAUUGUUGGAAUUAGAGAGUGAAGAGCAGAGAAGCCGGAAAAUCCAGGGACUCCUGAAGUCCUGCAUGAACCCUACAGAGGACUUCGUCCAGGAGCUGCUGGGGAAGCUUCGUGGCCUCCACAAGCAGCCGGGCCUCCGCCAGCCCAGCCCCUCGGAUGACUCGGAUGGUGGCAGCUUGAGCCCCCGCCAGGACCGGGCCCGGACGGGGCCCCCCUGA